GAUGGCGUCGGCUCCGGAGCCACUGCUCUCUGGCUGCAUUUUUGGGCUUGUUGUUGUCUGUGUUUCGAACGCGUUCUGGCACCUUCUCCGCCUCCACUCGAUCCAAAAUACCGGUUGCAGGAGCUUCUUUAGAAUACUAUUCUGUAGGAUGAUGGUCAGCCUGCGUUGCUUUCUGGAGUAAGGGAUCUGUUCUGGACCGCUUGUUCCAGCUGUGCUAGGAGGUUCAAGCCAGGCAGUAUUUUCACACUUGCAUUUCCUUACUACAAAAGUGCUGCUACAACUCUUUACAAAGAUGCUCCAUCUAAACGGAUAACACUAAUCGUCAGAAUCGAGGAUUCUACCAGACUUACUGCUUUUGAGAAGGGCGGAUAAGACGACACCCAAGGCUCUUGCAACUCUACUUUCUCUUGGAGUAGUUGCUGUCUGUUGCAUUGUUUGCUUUGGUGUGGCAGCCCUUCAGAAGGAAGGGUCACUGGGUUAGAGGGAUCUGUUCUAGGGUGGGUGGGGGGGCGGAUUUUGGGAGCCUAUGCUAUGGUGAUCGGCUCCCUCUCUAACAACUCCUGCUCAGGCACAGAGAGACUUACUACACCACCCCGGGACAAAGGAUAGCCUCCUGGACGAAGAGAGAGGAGGAGGAGGACAACGACGAGGCAGCGCCAGGGCUGAGGCCACUGGGUGCUUCCUAACGGUUGUAAGCGUGUGUUGGGCCUUGUCCCAGCAGUGUUACAGCAGCCAUGGUGAAGCUGGCCAACCCGUUGUACACCACCUGGAUCUUGGAAGCCAUCAAGAAGGUAAAAAAGCAAAAGCAGCGGCCGUCCGAAGAGCGCAUCUGCAAUGCAGUGUCAAUGUCCCAUGGGCUUGACCGCAAGACGGUCCUGGAGCACCUUGAGCUCAGCGUUAAAGAUGGCUGCAUACUCAAGGUGUCCAAUAAGGGGCUCAACUCCUACAAGGACCCCGAUAACCCUGGACGCUUGGGGUUCACAAAACCUCGGGCGGGAGGCAGUUCCAGCACCUCCAGCUCUAGUAAAAAACCCGGUUUGGACUGGAACAAGCUCAUCAAGCGCUCUCUAGAGGGGCUUCACGAAUCCGGCGGAUCAUCCCUGAAGAGCAUCGAACGCUUUCUGAAGUGCCAGGCAGAUGUUGCAGGUUAUCUGUCUGGCAGCGGCUCUAUGGGGCCGGGCCUUUUCCACCAGCAGCUCCGACUGUCUCUGAAGCGGGCCGCUUCUCACGGACGGGUGGUAAAACAAGGGCCGCUCUUCCGGUUGGUAAGCAGGAGUUCUCAUAACGACGGGACGGGCUGCGUUUCUCUGGAUUCUCUGCCUCCGGUUCGUCUGCUGCCUCAUGAACAAGAUCAGCCUGUGGCAGAGCCCAUACCCAUUUGUAGUUUCUGUUUGGGGACCAAGGAACAGAACCGCGACAAGAAACCCGAGGAGCUCAUCUCCUGUGCAGACUGUGGGAACAGCGGGCACCCAUCCUGUCUGAAGUUCUCUCCAGAGCUCACAGCACGGGUCAAAGCUCUGUGGUGGCAGUGUAUCGAGUGCAAAACCUGCAGCAGCUGCCAGGACCAAGGGAAAAAUGCAGACAACAUGUUGUUCUGUGACUCCUGUGACCGAGGUUUCCACAUGGAGUGCUGUGACCCCCCACUGAUGCGAAUGCCAAAAGGUAUGUGGAUCUGUCAGAUCUGUCGGCCAAGAAAAAAGGGAAGAAAGCUCUUGCAAGAAAAAGCAGCUCAAAUCAAGCGGCGAUAUAAUGCACCACUUGGGCGACCGAAGGGCAGACCGGGCCGUCCCUUUAAGAAGCUUCGAGGUGGUGGGCGUGGCAGGAGGCGGGGCACUGGAGGCGUUGACCAAUGCUCACAAGGCUCCUCCUCCCCACACUCCUCCUCCAGUUCCUCAUGCGAAGGCUAUCCCGGCGACGAUCGCAUGCUGUUCUCUCUCCGAGAAGACCAUUCUGCGCAUGGCGGCCUGCGUUUCAACAAGAAAACAAAGGGUCUGAUCGACGCCCUCAGCAAGUUCUUCACGCCAUCCCCGGAGGGACGGAAAGCCCGAGCUGAAGUGGUGGACUAUUCCCAGCAAUAUCGUAUACGCAAGAAGGGCAACCACAAGGGCGAGCAUGAUGACCGGACAGGAGACAAUCAGGAGUGUGGAGACAACUGGCGGGAGGACGAAGACAAACUGCCAGGACACGAGAACCUAACUGAGAAAGAUGUGGAGCUCUUUAGGCACAUUCAGGAUCUGGCACUACAGAAAGUCGGGGUGACUGGUCCACCGGACCCCCAGAUGCGCUGCCCAUCUGUUAUAGAGUUUGGGAAGUAUGAAAUUCAGACGUGGUACUCUUCUCCAUACCCACAGGAGUACAGCAGGCUCCCUAAGCUCUACCUCUGUGAGUUCUGUCUGCGCUACAUGAAGAGCCGCAGCAUUCUCUACCAGCACAUGCGAAAGUGCAGCUGGUUCCACCCACCUGCCAACGAGAUCUACAGGAAGGACGACGUGUCCGUGUUCGAGGUGGAUGGAAAUGUCAGCACAAUAUACUGUCAGAAUCUGUGCCUGCUAGCCAAGCUCUUCCUGGACCAUAAGACGCUGUAUUAUGACGUGGAGCCCUUCCUCUUCUAUGUGCUCACACAGAAUGACAGCAAGGGCUGCCAUCUCGUAGGAUACUUUUCAAAGGAGAAGCAUUGUCAACAAAAGUAUAACGUAUCCUGCAUUAUGAUUCUUCCACAAUACCAGCGCAAGGGCUAUGGGCGAUUCCUCAUUGACUUCAGUUACCUGCUGUCUAAGAGGGAAGGCCAGCCGGGUUCACCAGAGAAGCCAUUGUCAGACCUUGGCCGGCUUUCCUACAUGGCAUAUUGGCGUAGUGUGGUGCUGGAGUGCCUACAUGAGAUCAGCGAUCGACAGCUCACCAUCCGCAAACUCAGCAAAGUCACUGGCAUUUGUCCUCAAGAUAUCACAGCCACUCUGCUUAAUCUGAAUAUGCUGGAACAGAGAGGAGACCGAGUGAUUAUCCUGCGAAGAGAGAAACUGGUGGCCUCGCACAUGGCCCGACUUAAAGCCAAACCUCGGCUCCUUGAAGUUGAUCCAGACUGCUUGCGCUGGACGCCUGUUAUCGUCACCAACACAGUAGUAACUGAAGGAGAAGGGGAUGAAGAUGAGGAAGAGGAAGGAGGAGAGGAGGAACCUAAAGAUAUCAAACCCAGCCACAAGAGCUCCCCACUCUCUUGGCAUUUGAAAGGGGAACGGGAAAAGGAGGAAGGGAAAAAGAGCUUCCCAGCGUUCCCAAAAAACCAAAGCUCUCCUCCAUCCUCUUCUGUUUGCAACAGUGUUCUCAGUCCUGAGCGUUCUCCCCUUUUUCUUACGGCUAAUGGGGAGCGCAGGGGACCUGGCCGCCCUCCCAAAAACUGGUUAUGGGGCAAGGUGAAGGAUGUACCACGUACAGGACCAGGUCGACCCCGUAAACUAAGGCCCCCGGAGGAGGAUGAUGAUGAUGAAGAAGAAGAGGAGGAGGAUGAUGAUGAAGAGGAUGAAAGAACUGGCAUUAAUAAAGUGACAACAUCACCGAUGCUCUUGUCCUUAGAAUAUGAGCCUGACUCCACAUCAGCCUGUCCCUUGGAGGCUUCUAGGCACCUCGCAGUUCCACAGUCACGCAGCAGAGGGCGGCCUCCGCGGAAAAAGCGUGGCCCAAAACGCAGGCUUAGUGAGGAGCCUGAAGAUGACCUGCCAUCUUUGGCCCACACCACAAGGCUGAGUGAACCCUCGCCAGCCUUCAUCAGUGAGAGCAGUGAAGACGAGGAUGAAGAUGAUGAGGAAGAGUUGAGUCGUUCACCACCUGUCCUCACCAAACCCACAUUAGGGCUUAAAUGCAAGUCUCAGAAGUCCUUGCGGAAGAGGCGUGUGCAUCAGCGCAGCCAUCCCCACAGCAGCGUCGUUACAGAGACCAUCUCGGAGACAACUGAAGUUCUGGAUGAGCCAUUUGUUGAUUCAGAUUCUGAAAGACCCAUGCCCAGACUAGAAGAAGAAACUCCGUUUGUCAACCCUCUCCGACGCUACGCAGCAGCCCGCAAACACAUGGGACCUGCUCCAAAAAGCAUCAACAGAGGCAAUCUGACUGAAUCAGAGGAAGACGAUCCCACUCCUGUGCUGAAGCCAGUUGCUGUCCUGAGAAAACCUGAACCUUCAGAGGCCACACAGAGAACAGGGGCAACAGCUGAGAUGCCUGAGGUUCCAGUAAAAAGAAAGAAAGGCUGGCCUAAGGGCAAGAGUCGCAAGCCACUCCACUGGAAGAAGCGUCCAGGCAGAAAGCCUGGUAGUGGAGCCGGUCAGACAGCUGACACCAGUCUAGCAGAUCCAUCCUCAGAGGACCCACCACCUCCAAAGAUCAAAAUGAAGCCUGGCCGGAAACCUCGCAGCUAUUACCUGCAGCGUGCACAAGAGGAAGCAUCCAGACAGGAGUUUGAGCGAAGCCAAUUAGCUCAGGAGCAGCUAGACAAUUCAACACUGGAGGACAAAACCUGUAAAAGGACAGCCAGCGCCUUAAGCCCUGAGAAACAGAAAGACUCGGAAGAGGAGGACGAUUUCCUUCAGGACUUCAGAGAGCCAUCCAAACCCAAAAGGCGAGGUCGGCCUCCAAAAAAUGGCAACCUCCCUCCCCCUGUACCCAAACCUCCUCCUGUGUCUGAGCCAGAAGACGAAGAUGAGGAAGAGGAAGACCAACCAUGGUCAGUUGAGAAGAUCAGCCGUCCUCCUUCUCGUACCAUGUCGCAGUCUUCCAGCACCAGAGUUUCUCAGCCGAGAGCUGAUGCAGAGGAAGAUGAAGAGCGGGAUGAUGGAGAUUGCGAUAACGGGGUUAAUCGGAGACCAGCAGCAACACCAGGCUCAGGAAGCCGGCGCAGCGACGAUCACGACGCUGACGACGAAGGGGAUGGUCGUCUCGAAGAGAAAAGUGACAGCUGCAGUAGCAGUAAAAGAAGAAAGGGCCAAGACUCUGAGGAUGAUGUUGAGGAGCAAGAACACGAAGAGGAACCAUCAUCACCUGCUCGCUCUCCCCCCGUGAAAGAAGAACCCCAGAGCAGUGAGGGUUUUUUAGACAUGCAGACAAACGUGGCAAGGGAUUACGUCAGCAAACAGGAAGAAGUUGAAGGCGAGGAGGAGGAUGCAGAGGAAGUACAGGAGGUGAAGACGAGCUCUGCUGAUACGGAUGAACGCCGUCGACGAGAGCAGGAGGAAUCUGCGGCGGCCGCGGCGGCUGUAGAGACUGUAACCGCAAUCGCGGUGCCUUCUGAGCCGCUGGAAAUGCAUCCGUUACACGAUGAGGAUAAGACCGCGCUCAUGAUGGAGGCUGAGCAUUCACACCAGCAUCCCGACUUCAAAGAUGACUUGAGUCACCAGCAACAUGCACAUCACCACAGCAGCGAGCUGGAUCUGGAAACCGUGCAAGCUGUACAGUCUCUCACGCAAGGCGAGGCCCAAGAGGAGGAUGCAGAGUCCCACGGAGCUUACCAGGAUUGUGAAGAGACGCUAGCUGCCUGCCGAACUCUGCAGAGCUACAGUCACGGUGAGGGUGAGGAGGAAACGCUAGCUCUGGUGGAGGAUUGCGGAGCCUCCCAGCACAGUCCCAUACCUAACCCACCCAUGCCUACGUUACCAAACCAGUCUGUCCGUUCAGUCAGCAGCCCUGGGGUGACUCCUGGUCCUAUGGAUCCCGGAUCGGGAGUGCCUGGUCCUACAGCAACUGGAGGGGGAGCAAGUGGAGCGUAUACCCAAAUAACCCCAGAGCAUCCCAGCUCUCUAUCCGCUCCCUCAUUGCAAAACCUAGAGACCUCUCCUAUGAUGGACGUGCCAUCUGUUUCCGACCAUUCCCAACAAGUGGUAGACAGUGGAUUUAGUGAUUUGGGCAGCAUUGAAAGCACUACGGAAAACUACGACAAUCCGAGCAGCUACGAUUCAACGAUGGGCGGCAACGGAGGAGGGAAUGGAAGUAACGGAGGUGGCAUGUCCACAGCGGCGGUAGCGUCUUCCUCGUCUUCGUCCUCAAGUUCAACCACACCUUCGUCGUCGUCGUCUUCGCAAGGCAGCAGCUGCUCCUUCAUCUCCACGUCCUCUAGCACAGGAGUCGGCUCUCAGAUCGCCAUGGGCAGCUGUAGCCUUAUCCAGCAAGCUGGUCCUGGACCAAACGGCGGAAACGGCGUACCACAACCUCCUCCUCCGCCUCCGCCUUCCUCUAGCACUCCGAGUUGCGGAAUAAAAUCUCCGCAAGGCUGCGUCAUCGAAAGACCGCCGAGUGCCAGCCAGCAGCAGCAACAGAAAAAAGUCUCACAACCGACUCAACAACAACAGCAGCAGCAAAACCCUCAACCGCAGCCUCCUCCUCAACCGCCUCCUCCUCAACAGCAAUCGCUCUCGCAGUGCAGUAUGGGAAACGGCUUCGCUUCCACACCCAUGAUCAUGGAGAUUCCCGAGAGCGCUGGCAGCGCCGGAGGAGGCCGGAGUUUGUAUGACCGCAUGGGACAAGACUUCGGCGCCGGCGGUUACAGUCAACACUCUGCUUCUUUCAGUUUAGCCAAACUCCAGCAGCUAACCAACACCAUCAUGGACCCCCAUGCAAUGUCUUAUUCGCAUUCGGCUGCGGUCACGUCAUACGCGACGAGCGUUUCGUUAUCCAACCCAGGCUUGGCGCAGCUCGCUUCUUCUCCACACCCGCCUUUGCCCCAAGCCCAGCCCACUAUGACUCCACCUCCAAAUUUGAGUUCUGGCUCCAUGAAUCUCGGUUCCCCUUUGAUCCAGUGCAACAUGACAGGCGCCAACAUUGGAUUGCCGCCUCCUCCGCACACGCAGCGUUUGCAAGGCCAGAUGGCCGCAGUCAAAGGCCACAUUUCAAUCCGCUCCAAAGCCUCUCAGAUUCCUACAGGCUCCCCGCACCAGCAGCAAUUGUACAGCCGCAGCUCUGGCGCUGUGACCAUGCAAGGCUCUCCGCGAACUUUAGCGGUGCAACGUGGCAUGAUGACGAACCUCAUGCCAACCCCUGCCGCUUACAACUCCAUGAACAUGAAUCCGCUCAAUGCUGCCAUGUCUGCAGGCUACCGAAUGCCACAGCCCAUGAUGAACAGCGGGUACCACAGUAACCCACCUUACAUGAACCAGCCAGCCCAGUACCCCAUGCAAAUGCAAAUGGGCAUGAUGGGAGGCCAGGCUUAUCCGCAGCAGCCUAUGCAGCCCAAUCAUCAUGGCAACAUGAUGUACACGGGCCCCUCGCACCACAGCUACGCUGGCGUCCCCAAGCAGUCUCCAUACAUGAGCAGAUGAGCGGCAGAGAACGAGCAGAGAGAGAGACGUUCCCCGCCAGACUGCAUCGCUGUACUUUAUCCAUUUGUAUCCACCACCCUCCAAAGUCUGGGCGAAAAGAGAUAAAGUGAGCUUGGUGGAGGAAGAGGACAUAGAGACUGCGACGAUUUCUUUUCCUUUCUAAAUAUGUUGUCGCCAAGCUCUGAUCCUUUUAGGUUCAUUUCCCAAUUGCCCUGAGCUGGGGAGAUGAUCUAAUAGACCUUUAUUGUGGCAAGUGUCAUGCUCCCACAGACCCUGUGUGGACCAACAGGGGUUGGUUUCCACCGAAAUUCGAGACCGAAGGGGCGAAGCAUCAAAGCAGCUACAGGGGAAGUGGACCUAUCUUUUCAAACUGAGAAAGAUGCAUUUACGCUGUUAUUGAACAUGCAUCGAAUCAUGCACACAAUCAUUCAAACUGACAUAGGAAGCCUUACCUAAAAAAAAAAGAGACAAAAUAAUCGUAGAUGGACUAUUUUCUUUUUUUUAUUAUAUUAGUAUUAUUAUUAUUAUUUACUUAAUUUUUUAAUAUGUUCUCGUUUUUUUUCAACGACUGUUGAAAUGCUUGUGUUUCAGUCUGACCUUCACAUGCUUCAUGUGUGUGGACAAAGUGAUUCACGCUCGCUCACUCACACAGAGCUCUAUAGUCACUCGUCGAGGCGCACAAGGCAUCGCAGGUUUCUGUAAAUCUGUGUCUUCCCAGUACAGAAUCGUGUAUAUCCAAACGCAACAGACGUCUGAUAGUAACGACCAUGCAUCCAUAGACUGGACUUAAACAGAAGUCCUUGGGAACUAGUUAAUGUAAAUAUUCUGGUACUACCUGGUUCAUAGCACAGAAAUCACAGGAAACAGUUUCGUAAACACUCCACAGAUGUCACUAGAGGGCACAGCAGUCAGUAGUGGGAAGGUCUUUAAAUUCGUACUACAAAGUGCAGCGUCCAUGUAACGUUAAAGGGGUUAACCACGCGGGAGCACGUCUGCAGAGCAGUUAGCAUCGCGACUGUGCUCAUCUGGUGAUGUUAAGUAGGCACCUCAAAGUAAGUAGCGCUCCUCGUACUCCAGCUGAUCAUGGGGUAGUGAUGUUAGCUGUUAGCAUCGAGAGGGAGUUGUACAAAUAAGUAGAUCCGUGUCUGCAAUGCACACACGGACAAAUGAACACUCGCACCCGGGAUAAAGGUUAAAGUGCAUGGUGUCCUGAGAUGGUUACUGUUUUAGGACAAGAGGUGUUCAACUCCGUGUUCCAGUAUUCAUUGUCAAUAUGAGGAAUCUUUCUCAAAGACCUGACGUUUCACGUAUUAUUUGUGCGCUUUUUGUUUUUCUGAAUUUUAUCAAGACUGGGCAGCUUUCUUUUACGACAAGCUGACUCUUUUUGACUUAUUGUAGAGAAGAUGUUUUUUCUAAAAAAUAUAUAUAAAAAAAACGAAAUUCUGACAUGGAUAUUGGUA